CUUGAGGGAACCCAAUCAAUUUCAAGUUGAAGAAGUGCUAGAUACUAGUAGUAGUUGCAGAGAAAGAGCUAGUGUUAGACAGGUUCUUGUUAGACAGAGAGAUGGAGAAGAAAUGCUAUGGUCUUUUCUUGUUGCUGCUCAUUGCCCUGGCUUCCCAGGAAAUGAUGGUUCCUGCUGAGGCUAGGGUUUGUUUGUCACAGAGCCACAGUUUUAAAGGACCAUGUGUAAGAGGCCACAACUGUGCUAGUGUGUGCAAGACUGAAGGUUUUCCCGGUGGUGAAUGCAAAGGGUUCCGCCGCCGCUGUUUUUGCGCCAAGCCUUGUUAGUGAAAUAAUGCAACUCGCGCAAAAGAAAUAUGCAGCAACCGUGUCAUGGCCAGUCUCUUACUUGCUAUUCAUAUGUGUGGCGUUGCUGGGUACUUUGCUUAAAUAAAUAAAUAAAAUCCCUUCCUUUCAUUGAA